GUUUUGAGAAGUUGUCCGAAAGGGGAAAUUUUGUGGUUGAGAUUGAGUUACGCUCACGUGAUGUGGAACUGCGCACCUGGUCUAUGCAGGCGGCAGGACGAGCUUGACGCGGUUGCUUUUGCCUGGACUGUUCAUCCGUCUAUAUCUAAUACCUCUGCUCAACUUCAUCCAAUUCCAACCUUACUAACUUCCUCCCUCUUUAACUUCACACACGUAGUCCCACUUAUUUGUAUCCCACCUUUAUUCCAAGAUCGAAGUCCUCUGUUCCACUCUCCCCAUCAUGGCUCUCCGCAUUGCACCCCCGGCCUCCAACGCAACAGAAACCUCCAAUACCGCCACAGUCCCACAUUUAAGCAAAGGCGCCCCCUCCGCCCCAGGCGUCCACGACACUCUCCGCGCCUCUCUCUCCGCAGCACCAACGACAGCGCAACAACAAACUGCUACAUCCACACACCCGCUAGAAGCUCGUCUACUACAGUGGCGCCAAACACAUAAUGCGAUGAAAAUGAAAUCGUUAAGGAGAGUGUACGGCAUGGCGGAGCCGAUCAGGAGGGGGAUGGAAUUGAAGAUCGUGCAGGAGGGACAGUGGAAGCCAGCUGCCCUGGGUGGGCGUAACGAGAGUAGCGUUCAUGCGGACAUUUUGGCGCUGGGGGGUAGGGAGACGGAGGUUACGUGGGAGGAUGUGUUUGAUGGUGAUGAUCUGCGAGAACCUGCCUCCUUCCAUGACGAAAUGGAGUACCGACUGAAGAUGAACUGGUAAAAAUCCCUGGUUCAAUCAGUGAACGCUAUCCGGUCCAGCUCUGCUUUCUAUUGUUUUCCUAUUUUUCUUGCCGCCCAACAGGCAUUUAUGUUACGUUAUAUUCGCAGCUUUUUUAAAAACAUUUAACCACCUCCAAUAGAGAGUUGCUCUCCGACUUCCCCUUUUCUCUUUCUCUUUUUUCCCCUUCUUUUGAUGUAACGCCCUGUCUCGAUCUAGAAUAGCGAAAUGGUUUUCGACUUUCGUGCCGUCUUCCACGAAUAAAAUCCGAAUUAAUAACUUAUUUUGGGUGCUCGGGUAAAUCAAUAGAUACCUCGCGGAGCUAGGCACUCCUCUCCUGAUACAUCCCAUCUGUGUUCUUAAUAGCCAACUCUGCUCCAAUAUUGGUGCUUUCCAGCCCAUGGUAUUGAUUGGUCUCAUCGACCAUUAGAGCAAAACUAUACGACACCGUGAUAUCUUCUUCCCACGGGCCAUACCUAUUACUCAAAAACUCCAUCCUUUUACGCCCUCCCCCAUAAACUUAGUGGCAGCAUCCGAGGGUAACAUCAGAGUAGACUUUCUGUGGGUUCCAAGGAUGGGACAGUAUAGACAAUCUAUUUUUAUUUUUAUUUUUAUUUUUAAUUUAAUUUUUGACAUUUCUGAUAAA